AUGUUUCGAGAGGCUCUGUCCUCUCUCCUUCUGCUCUGUUUGGUAGCCGGUCGGUGGCUAGUAAGAGCCGCCGCCGGUGCCUUUGUGGUGAGUGUGCGAAAUCAGGCCAAGGCAAACUGGCUCCUGCGACCGCCAUACUCUGUUCGUAGCUAUGUCCAGGAGAAGGGUAUAAGAGAAGCCCAUCCCAUCAUCAGGCAAGAAGGGAAGAGGCCGAUGAAAUGGCUGAAGAGACCCGGUUGUGCUUCCGAUCGGAGAGGCGAAGCGAGACAGCGAUCACUCAAGCGAUCAUGGUUGCUUGCUUUUGAGAGUCCGGAGAUUUCGAUUGACCAUCAAUCAAAGAGAUGCAAACAGGGGUCACGAAAGCCCUGGCGAUUUUGGCUUCCGCAGUCGUCCGAUUUUGACGAGGAAGAACCAGAAUCCACCCCGUUCGCGGGCUGCAAUGCUCCAGUCAUUGAACCUCAAAUUACCCAGAUUAGGUGA